CAGAGGUCCUAUCCAUGGCUUUCCAUGGCUCAUAUGGAAGAACCCAGUAUAACAGGACCCUUCUUUGAUUCUGCUCCUGUCGAUGGCCGGAUCGAGGCUUCCUCCCUUUCUCCUGAUAUCUCUGGCAUCAUCUCUUCAUACUCCGCGGCUCCCUGGUGGUGCCCUCCGUGCUCCCACCCAGCAAGAUUCAAGCCUAUCUCUCCUUUACGUUUUCCACUUUUCUCCUAUUGAAUUGUCAAUAAGCAGUCGAUCGAGUCUGUGUCCCGCGUCCUUGACCUGAUUCCAGACCGACUUCCACAACCCACCAGCCACUCUAAGGACAAGAAAGCAUACAUCUUUUGUCGAGCCCACAUCCAAGGCCGCCCUCUCUCGGCUAACUAUCGCUGGCAAGCGCCGUCCCAAUUGUCACGCAUAUACCCAAUUCUAUCGACAUUCGUCGCUCUCACGACAUGCAAGCACCAUGGCGACCAUCCCACAAGCAUUCUACUGCCUGUGGCAAAUUGAGGCGAUCCGCGAGAGACUCUUCGAGCUGCUGCCGAAAGAGGACAUCUGCGCGGUCCGGCUGGCCAACUCGGCCUGCUGCAACCUGGUCACCAAGAGGCUAUUCCUACGAACCCACCUGACCUUCUCGGCAAACAGCCUCACCAAGGCCAGCAGGAUAGACGCCCUGUCGAGGAUUGGGCACCACAUUGAGCACCUCACUUUUUACUUUCCCCAUUCCAACGCCACCUUCUUGCCGCCCCUGAUCCACCCCCAGACUGGCCAGGAGAUCUGCUUCCUUUACAACCCACACACGUCGGCCGAGUCCGGCCUGACGAGGCCUACGUAUGGCAGCUCGGAGCUGGGCGAGAUCUUGACACAGCAAUACCCACCCCUCUUCCACGCGGCCACCCAUGUGCCCUCCUUCAUCAACGCCAUGAAGCACAUGACCAACAUGCGGCACCUCACCAUCAAGACGCCCGGGCAGAACCCUUCGGAGCGCUACCGCCGGGAUAUUGUAGACUACGCGCUAAUAAGCCUGCGCAUCUCGCUUGAGCGUGCGCCGCUUACCAAACUUUCCAAGCUCACGCUGUCGGGGGUCCAUCCCUCUGCGUUCAACUACCUCCGGCAUGCGCCGGGCUUCGGCGCGCUCCCCUCGGCGUCGGUGCGGUGGCGCCAGAUCCGGAAGCUCUACAUUUCGGUCGAGUCUUGGGACUUUUACGGUCCAUCACCCGGCCUGGACCACCUCAUGAUUAUCGACGACUACAUCCGCGCCUUUGCGCCGCAGCUCGACAAGCUCUCCUUCACCUGGCUCGGCCGCAGGGGCCCUUGCCCCAUCGCACUCUCGGGCGACCCCCUCUUCGCUCCGCCACGGAACUCCAAGAAGCUCUUCAACGAGGUCACCAGCCCCAUGUCUCCGCUACCGCCGCGGCCCUUCCGCAGACCGCUGGUCAUGCCCCGCCUUCGGUACAUGUCGGUACGCAACACGACCAUGAGCGUCGACCAGCUGCGCGGGCUCGUAGCCAGCCACAAGCACACGGUGCGCGAGUUCGAUUUCGAGAACGUCGCGCUCAUCAAGGGCGGCACCUGGGAGGAAGCGCUCGCUCCGCUGACCGAGGGCGAAAGCAGCGAUGCGUGGUCGCCUCGCUCCCUGGGCAACAGGGACUACAGGCCGGGGACGUCGAGGUCCAACGCGUCUGGAUCUGUCGUCGCCAGCUCGGUGGAGGACGAGUAUCUCCCGGCCUCCUCGGCGGCGGCAGCGGCGGCCAGCCGGGAGCUGUUCGAAGUAGACCUGGAGGGCAUGAUGUUUGGUGGCAUGAACGACGUCGACGCCUUGGAGGCGGGUGUCGAGGAGUGGGCUCGCGGGGUCACCGCCGCCGCCCAAGGGGCUUCGCGCCCAAGCACAGCCGAAGAGUGGCACGAGAAUGCACGGCCCAGCUCCGCCGGGAGAAGGAGCGGGGAUGACAGCGGCUUGGCCUCGGAUAUCGAGGCCGCAAAGCAGGCGAGCGAGGGUUUCAGUACUAAAUUGAAGAAGCGCCGUGUCCGCAGGCGACCCCGUCAGCACCAAAAAGAGGAAGAAGCCCCUAAGCAUCAAGAGAAGAGGGCCGAGGACCGCAGGAGGGAGCACCACAGUGAUGAUUCCCGGCACCACAGCACCCGGAGCCACCACAAGCACUCACGCAGCGACGAUAUCAGUGAUCGUCACUCAUCCAGCCGGGACUCGCACAGGCGACACCGCCACCAUCGCCGGCACCGCUCGGAUGAAGGAGCCGAAACCACGUUCAUGGCUGGAGUCGUCGGCACGGACGAUGAGGCUGACCGCCCGCCCGAGACCCCGCGGCCCAAGAUGGACAUCAGUGUGCCCAUCCUUAACCUGGACCCGCUCCCCGUGCUGUUGCAGCCAACAGUCUACGACCCGUCGGCCAAAUUCGGGCCGUUGCUGGACACGCCCGAGUCUUCCCCCAUAUCCGACGACGGGCUUUCUCCCACCCAGCGCUCCAUCGAGGCGGACAUGCUCGCCGAGGCCGAAGAGGCGGCGGCGCGCUCCUCGGCGCUCAAGCGAGCCAAGCAAGCCGUCAUUACAAAGCUGUCGCGCGAGUUCUCCAAGCGGAGAAUGGACGGAAGCAAACCGCGCAACAAGGACUCGGCCGCCGUUAUCGCCAGCCUGUCGGCGCUCAACCUCAGCAUGAACCUGCCGGCACAACAGUACGGCGGGCUGAGCUGCGCGUCGUCGUCGAGCGUGGGACACCGCCUCCGCGAUAACAUGUUUGGGCGGAGCAUGGCCAACGUGGCCAUCGCUCCCGAUCACCGCAGCCUGGAAAGCCAGACUGCUCUGGUGCCGCUGAUAUUCAGUCGGUCCUAGGGUCGCGUAGCAGGUUGCAAACCAUAUUUAUUUCAGAGCCAUGGCUGUUAUUUUUUUUUUUUUUUUUUUUUUCAGCAGUCGGCCUAUCGGAACAUGGAGUUGAAGGAGGACAUGACCAGGGAGCGGGUCGGAUAACGAAGAGAAAAAAGAGAUGAUACCAUGGGAAACGGAUGAUUCCUGACACUUACGACUUUUGUAAUGACUUUUCCUUUGUCCAUAUCACGAUUGAAACGAAUGAACAAAAUGAAUUGUUUAUGAGCAGAUACGAUUUCGUAACAGUUGAAGCUUAGAUUUUGC